GGAAAAAAGUUGAUUUUAGAGUUUGGUGGUGAAACUUUAAAUCUAAAUGUUAGUGUGCCCUCUUAACCUUUAUGAUAAAAGACUUCCACCAGCGGUGGAUUGACGACUUGUUUUACCCCGGACAGGCUCUGAAGAUGCGCGGCAUAUUUGCGAGUUGUGCUCUGGCAGCCCUGCUGCUGACCGUUGUCUGGGGAGAUCACCAUGGCGACCACCACGGCGACCACCACAGCCACGGGGACGGAAUGAGCUGCCAUAAGUUGUCCCCUCAUAAUGCUGACUUUGCCUUCAGCCUCUACAAGAACCUGAACGGCAAGGCGGCGGCUGGAAAGAACAUCUUCUACUCGCCGAUCGGCAUUGCCACCGCCUUGUCCAUGCUGUCGACGGGCGCUCGCGGCGACACCCAAGGCCAGCUCUUCUCCACCAUGGGCUACAGCGGCAUGAGCCAGCAAGUCGUCAACGAGGCCUACGAGCAUCUCCUGCAGAUGCUCGGCACAAGCCAGGCGAACCAGCAGCUGGAUGUUGGCAAUGCUGUGGCGGUGCGCACCGGCUUCGACCCCGCGGAACAGUUUCUGAAAGACAUCAAGCACUAUUAUGCCGGUGAGGUCUUAAAAGUUGACUUUUCGAAACCCGAUGAAGCUGCAGCUGAAAUCAACAGACAUAUCGCGAGUAAAACGCAAGACAAGAUCAAGGAUCUGGCGAAGAACCUGGACCCUUCCAUGAUUAUGGUGCUGAUCAACUACGUCUUCUUCAGAGGUCAGUGGGAGAAACCCUUCGAUGGAAACCUGACCAGCAAGGGGGAGUUCCAUGUGGAUGCAAACACCAAAGUCCAGGUGGACAUGAUGAAGAAAAUGGGACGCUUCGACUACUACGAGGACACCGUCAACCACACCACUGUGAUCUUGCUGCCGUACAAGAGCAACACCUCCAUGAUGAUCGUCCUGCCCGACGAAGGCAAGAUGGACGAGGUGGAGGGCUACAUCAACAAAGACUACAUCACGCACUGGCACGACUCGCUUUUCAAGAAUAAUGUCAAUCUUGUGAUGCCCAAGUUCUCCAUCUCUGCUGAGGCUUCUUUGGAUGAGACUCUGCAGGAACUGGGAAUAACCGAUGCUUUUGCUGACAAGGCAGAUUUCUCCGGCAUGACCGAUGAGAUGAAGCUCAAAGUUUCAAAGGCGUCCCACAAGGCCGUGCUGAGCGUGGAUGAAACCGGGACGGAGGCAGCAGCCGCUACCACUAUCGAGAUCAUGCCCAUGAGCAUGCCGGAAACCCUGACGCUCAACAGACCCUUCCUGGUUUUCAUCAUGGAGCACUCCACCAGGAGCCUCCUCUUCAUGGGCAAGAUCAACGACCCCACAGCCCAGUAGAGACGCUCGGGGAGUUUUUCCACACUGCAGCUGCUUUUUUUUUAGCUUCAGGACAUUUACCUCAGCGUCUGAAAUUACCAUCAGAGUUUGACUGUGACAUUGAGAACAUCAAAUAAAUAAUGAACGGAGGUUGAAUAAGGAAAAGGAAAUGACAUUUCGAACAACUGAAAUGUCAGUCUACAAAGCUGUCACCACGACGCAUUAAUUACCUUCCGACAUCCAGCGGUGACUGUUUUAAGCGAUAGCAUCUGCUAAUCUUCCAUUUGCAGCCUCUAACAAGACAUGAAGUUGUCACUUGUUAUUGUACUAUUGCUGUUUCAACAGUGUUUUAAGUGAAAUAAAGGCUUUUCAUGAACUACUGUA